AUGAAUUCUGAGCAAUCUCCUCUCGUGGAGACUGUGUUCCACCACCUUGUCCUUCCCCCAAAACUUCCGCGCAAAUUCGAUGGCGAUAACACCGAGCUGGCCGAGAAUCUCGGGGAACGAUUGCAAGAAGCCUUGUCCGCCUUGCGGCAUGUGGGAAACCCCGCCAUCUGGGACGCUUUGGAUGCGUCUUUGCGGGCUACCAGAGCCCUGGACCAGGGCUUUUUAGGCGGCGACGACCUGCUAGAGGGAUUCAGAACCGUUGCCGAGAGGGAGAGCAAGGUGCCAAUUUGGCUUGCUCUCCCUGUUGCGCAGCAGAAUGCCGCGCUUUUAAUUCACCGUGAUGUUCCUGGUGAAAACAUCAUCUUUGAGUCUUUCCAGGUGUCUGCGCCUGUGCGAGAUGUUCUCAACGCAAAUCAUGCCCUCACCUGGGACUUUCCCAGCCGUGCAGUCUCAGUACCGCUUCACGUCUUUAAUGACGCUUCGUUCCAGCAAAACUUGGCUGACUUUCUCGAGCAAUCAAGUUCCGAGGCUUUUGAUCAGUUUGCUGCACGAGCAUACAAAGGAGGCCAGUCGGUUGUUGAAGCUCGAGAUUGUCCCGAGCCUGCCCUUGUCAACGAUAUGCUCAUGUCGCUGCUGGAGGGCCUGGGAAAAUCUGUCACCGUUCGCCAGGUUCGCAAAAGAGUCCGUGAUGACUAUGUCCUGGAUUCAUCUGAAACGCCAUGGAGACGCUCCCCGUACUGGCUUGUUCUCCGUGUCACAGUUGGACGACUCCUCUGCGCCCUGUCCAAAGAUGAGAGGAUUGGCCGGGUGUACUACAAGUUCAUCAUCUGCGUCGUCUUGGCUAAUCUACUUGGAGAAUGUAUCGAAAAUCUGCACCCCGAGAUGACACUGAUUCUCCAGGCAAAGCUGUGCCGUCGCCUUGCUAAGCUCGAGUCCGAGAAGCAGGCUGCCUCAGAUACUCUGCGUCUGGCGUACGAGCAUUUUUUCCACGCUACAGAAGCCUUCUUUGAAGGGAUCGUUGGCCGUGCAAAGCACGAGGUUGUUACCCAGUGGGAGAAUUACAAGGCGAGCAUCGUUCGCCCAAUUCCUCUCCUUCCAGGACGUGCAUCAACGAACGAUCUGUCUCUCAGAUUGCCCAACAGCGGCCCAAUUCUCCUUGAUCUUCUCUCACAGGGAUCUGUGAAUACGAACCGCGGGGUGCGACUUGACCUCCCAUCUCUGGAAGAAGGCACAAUCUCGCAGGUCAACCAGCUCACAGCUCGGUACACCUCACUCAUUCACCGCGAGCCCGACUUCAAAAGGCCAACCAAGUCACCUUCACAUGCUCCACAGCAAGUGUGCGUCGGGUUAUCGACGAUGAUGAACAAUUAUCUAAAGAGGGGCGAGAACGCUUACAGAGACAGCCCCCUGUUGAUGAGCCAAUACCUCCUAAGAUUGUUUAAACUUUGGGUGGAGAUGGACCAAGCAGCCGUUGCCGCAUGUCCUCUUCUCGAAGACUACCACCCUGUCUUUAUCCCGCACGCAUUAGAUGUCCUUUGCCUAACGACCGUGGAAGAGAUGGAACAACUUGCCCGUGUCCAGGAGUAUAUUGCGGCCCGCGUGAAAGCUCACACCAAGCAUGGUAGAACAAUCUUCAGCAACCCGAGAUGUGAGCCGGCAUUUGCAUAUCAGUUUGUUUACAACACCUCAGCUGGGCUUCCUAUGGUGGACCUAGUCGCGAAGAUCGACAAAGCUUCAGAAGAGUGCAGAAAGUCCAAGGAAUCAGAGCUGGAAGACCUGACCGAGCGGUAUCGCAAACUUACACAGGAGAUCCAGGCUGUAUCCUGCACUUGCACUCGACUUCAUGGUGGGAGAAGGGAAACAAAGGGCUGCCAAAAAUGCAAGAAACUGUGGGCUCGGAAAGCCCUCAAGAUUAUGAUCCACGAGGAUUUUCUCCCGUCCGACGAGACAGACGAGGGCGACGCCCACUGUGCUGCCAUUGUGUAUGAGCUGCUCAUCCCCAAAUACCUCGCAGGUUAUCGACAAGCAACGUGGAACUUGUACCUGCUGGGAAGCCCACCGAUGUUGAUCCAAUCGCCCAAUCCUAUGCUUGUUCUAAACAAUUUCGACAAACUCAAAGACUUUACACCCAAGAGCUCAGCCCAUAAGUAUUCCAUCACACUGGCGUCGCGGAAAAAGCUGUUUUCACAGACUCAUUACCGCAAGAUGAAGCUCCCAAAGCAACCACACGAGAUACUGCGGCCGUUUGGAGCAGAAUUCUCUUACUACGACGAAGCGUCUGGGUUCUGGGCCGACGAGCUCCCCGAAACGCCAUGGUUCCAGCAUCUUCUUGGCCCUUGGCUUCCAGAGGGCGUUCCUGAUCCAUAUGAGAACUGCGAUCAGUCCAAAGAGGAGGUGUAUCAUCCAACAUCGUCCGAGAUAAUUGCCAACGAAAUCGACUGUCCCCGGGACAUGUCCAUACACGAGUUCUCCGCUUAUCAACGGGUCGUUUCUGGACGAGGUCGACGGUGGCUGGCCAUGCUCAUCGAGCUGUCUUCUAGCAACAUCAAUUUCAGCAGUGAGAUUACCACGACUCUCUUCACACGCCUCGCCCUGCAAGCUGGGCCUGCCAUCUUAGAGGGUGGGACUUUGAGGGAGGCGCACAUCGUCUUCCGUGAACAACCCUUCUGCAAGACACUACAUGAUCGGCUUUCCUCCUGGUUGGCUUCUCUGGAAUCCAAUUGUCGAGAAGUCCACUGCAUGGGCACGAUUGUCAUCCUCAGUCUGCGGCUAUAUCACCUAUGUCUACCAGGCUUCAAGGAGAAGGCGCUUGACUUGUUAGUAAGGAUUCGACACAUCACCUCCAACUGGAUCGUGCAGUGGCGCAACGAGGUUCGAGUGACUCCGGAGGGUGAAACCGCUCGCAAGUCUUCAGAUUACGCCUUUCGAGCUGCCUUGCUCUGUCGUCAGACAUUCUCGAUAUAUGCCGACUCUCAGGGUUCACAUGCAGCUCUGGGUAGCGAGGAUGUGCAAUGUUUCUUCCGGGCUUCUAUUUCCCUUCAAGAGCACCUCUUGAUUAGUGUGGACGAGCUGAGCCCUGCUCUGAAGCAUCUUCUCGUUCAAGAUCUGUCCACUUCCUAUCGCAUGCGGGUCAUGAUCAAGGGCUGGGUCGAAAAGAGCCCUCAUUGCUUAGAGAACGCCAUCAAUGAGACGUGGAGUGAUACCGGGGGCUUCGAGAAGAGGGCCUACUCUAACUGGACCUUCAUGUUCUCAAAAGACUAUCCUUGGUGGGCUACAGCGCGGGUCGAGGGGACCAAGUGGACAGCCCCCCAAGUGAUACACUACCACAUGAUCCAAGGCCACCUCACUGUGGACGGAAAGCCACUUGGUCGACUCCCUCUCGAGAUGAGAGAGGAUGAAGCCAUCAAGGAGCUCUUUGGCGGGCAGCACUUGCUGACGCGUCCGUCCAACCUCCUGGACCAUCAGCUGGUCAAUGAGGUCGAGGGGCACCAGAUUCACUUUGGCUCUAGGAACGGAAAGGUAGUUAUUCGGGCAAUUUUUCGAGGAUCUCUGCUGGAGCACGUUCCGCGGACAGUGUUCAAAGGCAUUUUGGGCUAUGAUCUUCCCUCAGGCCUUGUGGACGACUGUGUACACUGGCUCAACCUGCAAACCGGGAAAGUCGAGAUGCGCCGUAAACCCCGGAUAUGGGUCCCUAAGCCAUCCAACUGGAUCCUUGAUGUCCAUAACCGCCAGGCUGUUAGAGGUGUAGGGCGCCGGACCAAGCAUGGCCCCAGCUUGGGCACUUAUCUGGUCGAGCCUCGAUCCGAGGUUGGGCAAAGGAUCUAUCGCAUCUUUCAGGGGUUUGAAGAUCCCGAGAAGCUGACCAUCUACCAGCCAUCCGGUGCUGGGUCUUUAUCCGUUGAAAUGAAGCGCCUGGAGAUUCGAUUCUCAGUCAACUUCAAGGGCCUGCUUCAAUGCCAACAGCUCAGGGCAGAGAUUGAUCCUCAACAGGACGUGGGCGCUCUAUACGGGCUAUGCAGCCAGAUUCAACUGCGUGGUAUCGCAAAUCCUGACAACAAGAGCGUUCUCGUUCCCAUUGGCAACAUCCGCUGGGAGCGAAGGGGAAUACACGUGGCCGUCAGUAUUGCGAAUGAUGGCUUGUACGCAAAGUUCACAGUCGACCAGCUCCUGGGCCGACUUGACUGCCCGCCAGAGCCACUCCUCCUCUACCUGAAAGCAGCACUGCACGCACUGACCUCGUUUCCCCUUCCCGAUGGACUCACUGGUCGCACUGGGACCGAGGAGGCACGUCACUGUCUUAUUGCGGCUCGGAGUCAGCCGUGGGCUCCUCUGCAACGCUCCUCUCAGGAACUCUUGUCCGUCAUAAGAUCCCUCUCUCCCAAACGGUGGCUUUACCCACCAGGACUUGGAGUCUACCAGAAGGUCAAGUGGGACAGUCACCUUACCAUGACGAUUCAGCACGAAGGUCUGGCCCCCCUCGUUGAUAGCGUCGCCCUUCGAUCAAAGGACCUGGAGACGUUUGCGCCAACCCCCGAGACGGAAGAUGAGUUUGAAUUUGGGUGUGACGAUCUUGCCAUCAGGAACCUGUAUCUUCGGGGCUGCAUACGGCGACAAAUCUACGAGCGUGUCUGUUUCCCCAUGGACUCGGCGGUCCUUCUACAGGCCACACACAUCUCCCCCUAUGCCACCCCCAGUCUUGCUUCAAAAGAAAGCUGCCAAGCUUUUCAGACCACUCGUGCGCUGCGGGAGCUUACAUCUGGUGUAUAUGGGUGUUCACAUCUGACGUCCGUCGUGAAACAAUGGGAGACGGUUGGGGGAUUCGACAAAGCGGCCGUCGGUGUGGACAUUAGGUCCAUCUUAGACUUGGAUAUCUCUGAGCUUUGGGGAUCCUUUGUUCACACAUGCCGGAGUAAAGCCUCUAACUCUGCGGGGGCUUAUGAUGUGCAUUUCCAACUUGCAUUAUUGGCCUUUAAUAGCAAGACUAGCAUGACCGUUGUGUCGUGGCUUGUGGCAUUGUCCAAGAACUCGGCGUUGAGGGCCUUUGAACCUCCAAAGCGCCCGGAAUGUGAAGAUUUCGACUCUUUCGAUCCUUCAAGGCCCUUGGCAUUUACAGAUUUUCACGUCUUUGAAGCCCCCUCGGAGGAAAUCUUGACGGCACUGGUGCUCAACAAACAGCCGACCUACGAGGAUUGGUUAGAAGAUACGCCAGAGGAGGAGACGCCAGAGGGGAAUACACCAGAGGAGAAUACACCAGAGGAGAAUACACCAGAGGAGGAGGAUGUCGAGUCCAAAGCCGACCAAUAUUACGCUAUGCAAGCGGAAGAAGCGACCCGAAUUGCAUCUCUCAUCGUUCAUGAAGGGCCUGGCCUGCACCUCUCUAAGGGAGAGUUUGAGCGGCUGGUCCAAGAGCUCUCAGUUGAACGCAUCGACCUGGAGAUAGCUUGGGAGAACUUGCAGCCUGAGCUGCAAAGACUGUCUUACAAUCUUGAGCUAUCCGUCUAUCUUCUUCAGGUAGAUGAAGCUAUCAAAGAAAUUCGCCAACGCCAAUCCCCAGCGAUAAGCGAGAAACAAAACAAGAUCUGGAACUCCAAGCCGGCAACGCUCACAAGUCUAAAGCCAAGUCAUAGCAAUGGUGUGUUCAAAGUACCUCACCUCGCAAGCGGCCUGAUGAAAAAGGACAUCCACUUCAGCCAUGCUACGAGGGAUCAAGCAACCAUGGACCAGCUGUCUCGCAGUUUCGCCAACAGAAACCUUAGGAAAGACGACAAGGCUCCGAAGGCCUUCUCCCUCGUCCCCCAAGAAAUGACAACACUCUCCAGGAUUUUCAAGAGAUUCACCGCCUCACCGAAAACCACGAGGCAACAGUACGGAAACGAUCUCGAGGCAUCCCUUGAAGCCCUGAUCCAGGACCGCAAGGUCAACAAAAAGCCCAGGCGGAUGCCCUUUGCUGGAGGGCUUAGUCGGGCAAUUGCACAAUCUCUUCAAGUCCUACAUGACCAUGUCUCCGCGAUUCGGGCUUCCCUCUCCGAUGGUGAAGCCGGCUUCCGAUGGCUCGACGCCAGCAACCUGUGGCCCUGUCUUUCGCCCGUCACGCUUCUUGAGCAACUCAGACACAGUAACCAGUCAAAUUCGAGCCCCAAGAUGCGAAAGGAGUUGUUGUUAUACGGUGUUCUCUUUACAAAACUCCAGAGGCUCGUCCGAAUGCGUGAUGCUGAGCUCUGCCGAGAUGAGAAGCGGUUACGUGAAGAACAGGAGCACGAAGGUCAUUCAAACUGGUCUCCUCUUGAGCAUCCAGAGUGGCUUCUCCUUGAGAUUGACAACAACAUACUCAUCCGUCCACCUCAGGUAGAUGUGGCAAGAGCCAUUAUAUGGCCGGCAUCAGAGUCCAAUUCAGUGCUCCAGAUGAACAUGGGCCAAGGCAAAACCUCAUGCGUCAUACCCAUGGCAGUGGCGAUGCUAGCGGACAAGACACAGAUUUGCAGGCUUAUGGUGCCUCGUGCCCUUCUCCUCCAAACAGCCCAAGUUCUCCAGGGCCGUAUCGGGGGCCUGGUUGGUCGCCAGGUCUGUCAUAUCCCUUUUGCACGACGGUCUCCGACAGGUGUCCACGACAUGGAUCGCUAUCAGAAGCUUCACCGAGACAUUCGCACAUCAGGAGGCGUCAUGCUCUGCCUGCCCGAGCACAUCCUCUCCUUCAAGUUGAGUGGGAUACAGAAACUGGCCGACGGGCAACGCAAACAAGCCAAGAAAAUGAUCGAGAUUCAGCGGUGGCUGGAUACGUCAAGCCGUGACAUCCUCGACGAGUCUGACUUCACACUCUCGGCAAAGACUCAGUUGAUCUACCCCAGCGGUAUCCCGGCAGCUAUAGACGGUCAUCCUCAACGGUGGCGGGUAGUGGAGGACCUGUUGGCACUUGUUGAGAGUCAUGUAUCUUACCUCCAGUCGAGUUUCAAGGACGGAAUCGACGUGAGGAGGCGUCACCAAGGCUACCCCAUCAUCCAUUUCUUACGCACAGAAGUGGAAGACAGCCUUAAUGCCCUGCUCGUGCAAGAUAUCUGCAAAGGACGCCUCCCUCAGGUUCAGUUGAAGGACCCGACUAACCAGGUUGCUCAAGAGGGCAUAGGCAUGAUUGUAUCGGGCGUCGAUGUCCCUCGUUCCACUUGGGAAAACGCAGCCAGGUCGCUCGCAGACGACGUAUUCGGGUGGAAGAUGCUUCAUUUGCUGCGUGGCCUCAUCUCUCAGCGUGUGUUGCUCCUCUGCCUGAAAAAGCGAUGGAAUGUACAGUACGGCCUGCAUCCUCACAGGGCUCCCAUUGCAGUGCCUUACGAGGCCAAAGGUGUCCCUUCUGAGACUGCAGAGUACGGUCAUCCAGACACGGCUCUUGUGCUUACUUGUCUUGCCUUUUACCAGACUGGUUUGUCAAAGGUUCAAGUCGCCAAGAAUCUACAGCACAUCAUGAAGUCUGAUGAUCCAGCGGCGCAUUACGAACGUUUGGUCCACUCGUGCAGAUUACCAGCGAGUCUGCAGCAGUGGAACUUGUUGGACAUGGACGACGAGGUGCAGAUGGACGAGCUGUGGCAGCUGUUAAGAUUUGACCGAAACGUGCUCAACUACUUCCUCAACAACUUUGCGUUCCCACAGCAUGCCAAGCAGUUCAGCGUGAAGCUUCAGGCUUCAGGAUGGGAUAUCCCUCUCCUAUCUAACAAGUCAUCGAGCAAGAACCUGACGACUGGUUUCAGUGGUACCAAUGACAAUAAGAGGAUCUUGCCCCAUACGAUCAAGCAGGACGACUUGCCAAGCUUGGUACAGACGAAUGCAGAGGUCCUCAGCUAUCUCCUAGAGCCGCGAAAUCAGAGAUUCUAUGAAGCUGCUGAUCGGAGCGGGAAGCACUUGACCGAGACCGGGCUGCUGGAACUUCUUCGCAAGGCAGGUAUCAAGAUUCUAAUCGAUGCUGGUGCCUACAUCCUCGAGAUGGAGAACCAUGAUCUCGCAUCAGCCUGGCUCGAGAUAUUCCCAGAAGCUCAAGGCGCGGUGUACUUUGACCAUCAAAGCAGGAUCAUGGUUCGCGCCCGUUUCCAGAAGGCCGCCGUUCCUUUGCUGGCAAGCCCAUUUGCGGACAACCUCGAGAAUUGUGUCGUUUACAUUGACGAGGCUCACACGCGUGGUACAGACUUGAAGCUUCCAGUCUCCGCCAGGGCAGCCGUGACUUUGGGUCUUGGCCAGACAAAGGACCACACAGUCCAAGCUGCCAUGAGACUGAGGCAACUUGGCUCGACCCAGUCAGUGGCAUUCGUGGCACCUCCGGAGGUGUACCAGAGCAUCCUUCGCCUACGAAGCGCUUACAACGGCAUCUUCACAAAGCAUUUGCCUGUGACGUCCGAAGACGUGGUCCAUUGGCUGCUUGAGCAGAGCUGCGCGGCGAGUGAGAACAUGAUGCCGCUCCACCUGGCCCAAGGCUUUGACUUUUGCCGGCGCACAAAUGCGCUUUGGAAGGGUCUUGACCAUAUCCACAAGAAGGAGUCUAGGAACCAGCUUCUCCGUUCCAUACAGCUACGAGAAGAUCAGACACUGGAGCAGCUCUACGGCGCGAGACAGCUGGACUCGACAGAGUUUUCACAACUUGAUUUCCAACGCUUGGUAGAUUUCAGGAAACAGCUGAGCCAGCAGAGAGCCGAAUCCUCGAGCAGCGGCAAGGCAGUGCAUUCUUCAGCUUUUGAGGAGGUCGAGCAGGAGAGAGAGGUUGAAUUUGAGGUUGAGCAGGUCCGCGAGAAGCAGAAGCCUACCCGUUUUACCCCGUUUGAAUUUGAGAAGCUUGCUUCCCAACUCGUUGCUUUUGUUCAAUUUGGACAAUUCCACGACCAGCGCUUUCAGCAGGCCUUUAUGUUAAUUGGUAGAACAAGUAUUGGACGCCGUUUCGGUGUUCAGAAGACUUCUUCUAGGCUCUUUGUCUCUGGACAGUUCGCGUUCAGCAUUCGCGAACAAGCAAGAGACGACAUUGUGCGACCUGUUGAGUGGAUACUCUGGAGUUCAAGGACCGACACUGCUGUCCUUAUCACUCCCGAGGAGGCUGAGCUCCUUUUGCCGAUCAUUCGACAGGUGGGAGACCCCCGUGUGCGCCUUAUCGCCUAUGCCGCUCCAGUUGCAAAGUCGAUGCAGGUGUUCAACACACUCCAGUACUUGACCAUACCGUCGGACCAAGGCCCAUUACCAGCCUGGGUCUCUAUCGAGGUAGGCAUCAUUGCCGGGCGCCUUUACUUUGACUACCACGAGUAUGAGUCGCUGCUCGCGUGGCUAGGAAUCGGUGAGGUAUCCGACUCCAAGGAUGCGGUCAGGCGGGGUCUCUGGAUCGACCACCCCUUGAAGUUCCUCUUGGAGUGGUUGACCUAUCGUCGUCAAACGGCUGAUAUCCUGCACACUCCGAUGGGGUAUGUCUGUCAGGGUCGGGCUCUCCAGGCCACACAUGCCUUUUUCAACUCGACGGCAAACCUUGGGGAAUUGGAAGAUCUUUCCUCUGGCAUAGAUCGCUUGCAGAUCGGUAACGGAAACCUUGGCGGCAAUGCUAGUGAGGAUGACAGCGAGUGGGAGGAAGGAGACGGAGGGGUAGACGUCGUGGAUAUCACAUAUACCGAGGAGGAGUUGUGA